GUGGGGUUACACAGAAGCACAUACUGCACUGUGGAUACAGCUGCCGGAAAGUGUUAAGCCAUUUAUUAAUUCCUCUUUGAGCUGUUCUUACAAGUCUCUAAAGCUCUUUCCCUGGCCUGAAGAUGACCUCGAGUCAGGUGAACGCUUCUCUCAAGUGCGAGCGGGACACCAGAGUCACGUCUGUACUCCUCCCUUGCCUGUACGCCGCUCUCUUUCUGGUGGCUUUAGUCUUGAACAGCCUUGCCGCAUGGAUCUUCUUCCAAAUCCGCAGCAGCUCAACAUUUGUCGUGUACCUGAAGAACGUAGUCGUGGCCGACCUGUUGAUGACCCUUACUGUGCCCGUGAAGGCGCUGACCGAUGCAGGCUUGGGCUCCUGGCAGCUCCGGGCUUUUCAUUGCCGGUACUCAGCUGUGCUCUUCUAUAUCACUCUGUACAUCAGUAUCCUCCUCCUCGGACUCAUCAGCUUGGACCGGUACUUAAAGAUUGUGCAUCCGUUUGGGAAAUGUGCUCUUCAGAGGGUCAGAGUGGGUCAGAUACUGUGCGCUGUUAUCUGGGUGGUUAUGUUGGCGCUGGCUCUGCCGAACGUUAUCCUGAGCAACCGCUCGCCACAGAUUUCCUCGGGUGGUCGGCUGCGAUGCACCAAGAUGAAGGGGAAGAUGGGACUCCUGUGGCAUGAAGGCUUUAACUACUUCUGCCAGGUUGUUUUUUGGGGUACGUUGGCACUUAUGGUCGUCUGCUACACCUUCAUCAGCAGGAAAGUGUUUGAAUCGUACCAUGCGUCACAAAGCAGCAGUGACACAGCCAGCAAGCAGACCACGUCUAAGGUGUUUGUGGUGGUGGGUGUUUUCUUCGUUUGCUUCGCGCCCUUCCACCUGGCCCGGGUCCCUUACACCCUCAGUCAGACCCGGGACACUUCGGCCCAGUGCUGGGCCCAAAACCAGCUGUACUACGCCAAAGAGAUCACGCUCUGGCUGUCGUCCACUAACGUGUGCCUGGACCCCCUCAUUUAUGUCUUCCUGUGCCGAGUCUUCCGGAAGAAGCUGAGCGCGGCCCUGAGCCGCCAUCCGUCGCCGCACGCCUCUCAGACCGAGACCUCCAUCAAAAUAGAGAUGCCCACCAGACACCACCGCAGCGCCAGCCGCCAUUAACUACAGUGUUUCUCACACAUAUUUGUACAGGACAGCUUGUUUAAUGGAGACACUGGGAUCUUGCGUUCGUUAUGUUUUUUAAAGAAGUCUCUUCUGCUCGCCGAGCCUGACUUUAUUUCAAUCAAAGCGCAGCAAAAGCAAUAAUAUUUGGAAAUAUUUUUGGUAAUUGGAAUAAUGAUUUUCUAUUUUAAUAUAUUUUAAAUUGUAAUUUAUUUGUGAAUUUUCAGCAUCAUUGCUGUUUUCAGUGCCGCGGUGUCCUUCAGAAAUCCUCCUAAUGUGAAGAUUUUCUGCUCAGGAAACAUGUUUGAUCAUAAUAAUUAUCAAUAUUUUACUAGAAAAAUCCAAACGUCAGCAUUUAUCUGAAAUAAAAGGCUUUUGUAACGUUAUACACCAUACCAAUCAAAGACUUUAAUUUCAUUGUACUUCAUUUUAUUCUUUUAUAGCAGAGAGAAAUGAUACAAAACAUAGUUUUAUUUAGCAAGCAUGCUUUAGAGAUGAUAUUUGUUUGUUUGCUGUACUUUGGAUGAAAUAAAUGAAGGAUUGGUGAACAGACUUCUUUAAAAAACACUACAAGUCUUCUUGUUCAGACACUUUUGACUGGUUAUUAUUGUUAUUACUAGUAUUUUAUUUGCAGUGAAUGAAGGAAGCAGAGAUGAAAUAAACAUGCUGUAGAACACAUGGUCCUCUUUCUUUCUUAAAUGAAUACACACAGAGUGUUUGGUCAUCGCUGACAGGGUUAUUCUUCCUGUCUUAGGCCUGCUUUAUUAUCACAGACCCCGGCUCUUUUGAUUUCCUCUCCAGUAAUCUCUCCCUUACAGUCUCUUCCUGUGAACAGUGUUUUCUGUCCAGCUAGUUAAACUAAAGAAAACCUUACAUUUUAAACAAUGCAUUAUGCAUUAUAUUAUUUAAAAAUUAUAUCAAUAUAAAUUAUUUUUAAAUAUAAAAAGGAAAGCAAAAAUAUGUUAGAAUUAGGUUUUGGAUUCAAUCACUAAGAAGCCCGAUCACACACACAUGAAACUCACAGUCAGUCAGUCACUAGAUGGCCCUGUCCUGCUGAAGGAAGUCUGUUCAGCUCAAUAAUGUCUAUCUGUGAUCACUCUAUUAAUCAACAGAGCUAGAAAUAGAAAUAUCAGGCGGUCCGGAGCCCUGGAGUAGAAUUACAGCAAUAACAUGUGAGUCACGGAGAAACUAAACUAACACUAAAUCCUGCUUCUGGCUUCUUAAAACACACACACGUGUCUGUGUG